AUGACAUUCAUGGAGAACCUAUCUGAAGUGAAUGAGUUCAUCCUUGUAGGAUUAACAGAUGCCCCAGAGCUUCAGAUUCCUCUCUUCAUAAUGUUCACCCUCAUCUACCUCAUCACCCUGGUAGGGAACCUGGGGAUAAUAGUUCUGAUCUCCUCAGAUUCCCACCUCCACACUCCCAUGUACUUUUUCCUCAGUAACCUCUCUCUGGUGGAUUUUGGCUACUCCUCAGCAGUUACUCCCAAGGUAAUGGUUGGACUCCUCACAGGAGACAAAGUCAUCUCCUAUAAUGGAUGUGCCACACAGAUUUUCUUCUUUGUGUCCUUUGCCACAGUUGAAAGCUUCCUCUUGGCUUCCAUGUCCUAUGAUCGCCAUGCAGCUGUAUGUAAGCCUCUACAUUAUACCACCACUAUGACAUCAACUGUAUGUGCACAUCUGGCCAGUGGUGCAUACAUUUGUGGCUUUUUAAAUUCCUCCAUAGUUACAGGAGACACUUUCAGCCUCUCAUUCUGUAGAUCUAAUGUAGUGCAUCAUUUUUUCUGUGACAUUCCUCCUCUCCUAGUUAUAACCUGCUCCGAUAUUCAUAGUACUGAGAUAGUAAUUUUUAUCUUAGGAAUAUUCACUGUAUUUUUUCCCUUUCUGGUCAUCUUAACUUCUUACCUUUUCAUCUUUAUUGCCAUCCUGAGGAUCCAUUCUGCUGAAGGCCGCCAAAAGGCCUUCUCCACCUGUACUUCCCAUCUCACAGCAGUGUCCAUUUUUUAUGGGACCAUCAUUUUCAUGUACUUCCAACCCAGCUCAAGUCAUUCCAUGGACACAGACAAAAUGGCAUCUGUAUUCUACACCAUGGUCAUCCCCAUGUUGAACCCUCUUGUGUAUAGUCUGAGGAACAAAGAUGUCAAAACUGCCUUUCAGAAAGUGGUGAGGAGACAAAGACUUCAAUUAGAUCAUUCUUUAUCUUAG